AUGACUAUGAAUACUGGAGGGUUUGCCUCAAUGCAAAGGCAACUUGAGGCAGAACUGCGUUCUUUGUCUUCCGAAUCGAAAAGAAGAAAUUCAACCAUUCGCCAUGCCAGUGAUAAAUCCAUCGAGAUCCUGAAAAGGGUACAUAGUUUUGAGGAGCUGGAAAGACAUCCAGAUUUUGCGCUUCCUUUUGUGUUGGCUUGCCAAUCAAGGAAUGCCAAGAUGACGACUUUGGCAAUGCAAUGCCUGCAGGGCCUGUCAACCGUUCCAUCUAUUCCCAGAAGUCGGUUGUCUGAAAUACUGGAUGCCUUCAUUGAGGCUACCCAUCUCGCCAUGGAGAUUCAAUUAAAGGUUUUACAGGUGGUACCCAUUUUUUUCAAGACGUACGGGAAGUUCAUCUAUGGGCCGCUUUGUAAGAAGCUGUUGCUAUGUUGCUCAAAUCUGCUACAUGUACCUAAUAAGGCACCUGUAGUAGUGGGUACAGCGAGUGCCACUUUACAACAGUUGAUCGAUGAAAUAUUCGAUAGACUUUCCAUUGACUCGGUAGUGGAUGACAAACAAUAUGAAGUCCUCAUAAGUAAUAGUGAAGCAAUUAAAGUCAAUGUUUAUAGAUACGAUGCUAACAAAUUGUUCGAUAAUAUUUGUUCACUAAAUGAAAUAAGCUCAAAUGGGUCGGUUAAUGAUGAGGAUAUGCUGUUGGACAUUGGAGACAUCCCAAUAGAUUAUGGUCUGGAAAUCCUUGAGUCUAUUUUGAAGAAUAAUCAAAAAAACCUUUUAGAAUGUGAAGACUUACAAUAUCUACUGAGGGUUAAAGCAAUUCCGUUGUUCCUACGUUGCAUAUCUUCUUCCAAACACUUUUCCACCGCUGUAAGGAGUUGUCGCUGUUUAAAGUUGUUGAUAAGAAAAGAGUACCUAAGCAUACUCGAGCUAGAAUUAGAAGUCAUUUUGUCAUUGUUAAUCCAUGGUAUAUCCGUCGAAUCCAAUUUAAGUGGAUGGCAAAGAGUGCUGUCGCUAGAACUUUUCAAGGAUUUAUCACAAGACCCUGAGAUCGUUAAUACACUCUACAUGGACUAUGACAAUUACCCAGAUAAAAAACAUGUCUUCAAAUAUCUUUUGAAAGAAUGUAUUGACUUACUGAACUCUCCGGAGUACAUUACUUUCUUGGCUCCAUCAAAAGUAGUAGAAAAAAUGGAUUCUCCCUUGAUAACUACUGAGAAUACUAUGGUUAAAACGAAAUUUAUGCAUUUAUUGGACAAAUCGAACGCUCCGUCCAUCAACAUUACCUACAUUAUAUCAUUAAUUCUGACGAUUUGUAACCACUUAUGCGAAGGGUUGAACAAAUCUGCUCUGGAAAGCUCUCCCUUGGAGAAGAAAAUCGAAGACAAAGAAUGUGAGGAAGGACCUGGAAAUGAUUCGACAGUCGUAAAGGUUUACAAUGGCCUAUUUUCCGGACUGUUCGAGGUAAAUAAGCUAUUCUUACAUUCGACCUCCCUAGAGACAUCGAUAUUCCAUUUGGUGGUGAGAGCUUUUCAAAAAUUAGCUCAUAGUGCCGGAGUUCUGUCACUAAAGGACAAAUUAAGAGCAUGCAUGAAAUUGUUUUCGAUUUUAAUAACAAACAACGUUACUUCAUCGAAUCAAUUUCCUCUAAACGAUGCAAGUAAGUCAGCCAAAAAUCAGCAUAUGAGAAAUGUAUCUGCGUCUAGUAUUGCGGCCAGUUCCGUUGAUGCAACAAAAGAUUCAAAUAAUGCAAUCGCGGAUUCUGUGAAAAAUAAAGAAAAGAAAAGGCGAUUGCAUCCCAGAUAUAUUAAUUCGAGGCAAGUUAGUUUACUCAGGGCAUUGGUGUCAUUAUCAAUAUCGCUAGGUCCUAUUUUCGAUUCGGAAAGCUGGAAGUACACAUUUUUAACAUGGCAAUGGAUAUCAUACUAUAUAUAUGGUCCAUCAGCCGAUUUCAAGGAGAGCUUUUACUCUGAAGAUAUUCCACCGCCUCCUAUACUAACCAAAUCGGACGUCACAUCAAUUGAAAGCUCCCUAACAAAAUUUUUUGAAAGUACAAGUAAUUAUUCCUGCUCAACCUUUCAUUUGGUAUUGACAAGAUUGAUUUUGGACUCAAAAAAUACCCUCACUUUAGAACAAACUAAUCUUAAUCCAACGAAUGAUAUUGGUUAUCAUCCCUUAGAUGCAAAAGAUGAAAUUAUACCAUGCAUUUAUAACAAGGCAUUUUUUGUCAACAAAAUUGGUGAAUUAGCGACUUAUAACUGCAAAAAAUUUCUCUUUGGUAAAAACGGUAAAGAACUUUGGGGUUUAAUUUCCUCCUAUAUGAUCAAGCUAAUAUCAAACCGUGAAAUGGAUAACGAUUCUUUACGUUUAUACACCGUAAGAGUGUUUACAGACAUUAUCAAAAAGGCCACUAAUGAGGUUGGCAACUCUGAUGAACAGGAUAACAAAGUCGAACAAUUCGGUACGUUGGAAAACCUAGUCAUCGAUAGCUUGAUGGCAACGAUAAACUCGAUAAAACAACUCGAUAUUGGCAGACAAGAAAUAUACAACGGGACGAUCAAUGUAGAAUCAGAUAUUCUUUUUCAACUGCUACUAACUUUAAAAGAGAUUCUAAACGAAUUUGGUGAACUGUUAAUGAACUCUUGGACAAAUAUUUUUAACAUCAUUAAUUCACCGUUCGAGUGGACAGUUGAGGAUACUGACUUAUCCGUGAAUGAGGAUAUGGAUGAUUCAUCUUUAUUUGAGGGUAUUGUUCAAAAGCAUAAAAACAUGAUUCAGGUGUCAUACGAUGUCUUUAAACUAAUUUCAGAUGAUUUCUUACAGAGCUUACCAAUGAGUGUCAUUAAAUUCGUUAUUGACACGCUUGUCAAUUUUGUAACUCAGAAGCGAAAUCUUAAUAUCUCCUUUUCUUCUAUUAGUCAAUUCUGGUUGGUUGGUGAUUAUCUCAGGGUCCGCUUCGAUCCCGAUACGUUAGAUUUAAAUGAUGAGAAACGUAGAAGUUUCUCCGAAAAGAUCAGUAACCAAAAACUAAUUGAAAUCAUCACAUCCGGUUCAUCUCAUGAUUGGGAACUCUACAAUGGAUUAUGGAUAUACCUCUUGAAGAAUUUAAUCAAUUGUACCAACGAUGAUAGAAUAGAAGUUAAAAAUGGCGCUGUUCAAACUUUUUUUAGAAUUAUCGACUCCCAUUCUGUUUGUUUCCCCCCAUGGGAUUUAAUCUUCCUGGAAGUUAUUGAACCACUGCUUACCAAGGAAUGGUCCAAUGAAGAACUUGAAAAUGAAACAGAUUUCAUAAAUGUAACAUUGCAAGGCUUAAUCAAACUCUAUCCAGAGCACUUCAAAAACUUCAAAAACAACACUACCUGCACUAAGGAAUGGUCUAUGUUAUUAGAUUUUUUAAAAAGAUUGUUGUUUUCGACUUCCAAUAAUACCAAGAAUGCUGUAAUAUUAAAUUACCAAACCAUGUUGAAAGAAAUUGUAACUAUUGAGGACGUUCCAUCAGAUAUAUUGAAAAAGUGCUGUGAAAUAUUUACUGACUAUAAUAUUACGUACAGCGAUCUCUCCACUAGCGCCUCAAACAAAACGGAAUACGAUUGUAUAUACGAACUGAUCACUGGGUUCCCUUCUCUCUACCAAUUGAUAUCCAAAUACGAUGCAAUGACAGAUGAAUUUGUGGAAAAAGUUCUUCUUUUAUUUAAUUCUGCCAUAAAAUAUCCCCUCCUACCUGAGUUUGUCCAAGAUAAAACUAAACCCUCCUCUAUGCAAAAUGCCAUAUUAUCUGGUCUUGAUAUCUUUAUGGCAAGUGAUUCUAAAGAUACAGAUAUUUUGAUCCUUCUUCAAUUGAGUACAAUAUCAAUAUUGGCUUUUGAUACAAGGGAAAAAAUAACAAAGAAACUUGGACCAAAGCUACCAAAAGCCUCACUUAACAGACUACCAACUUUCGAGGCAAUCAGCUACAUGUCAUGUUCUAACUUAAGAAAUAGAAUAGCAAAAAUAGACCAGUUUGGGAUAUCCACACUGAAAGCAAAGCAUAUUUUAAGAAUACUGAAAAACUUGGCUGAAAUCAUCAAGCGAAAAUCGCUUAUUGCGGGGUCAGCUAACGAUGAAAUUCCCAUAUGGGUUCUUGCUUCUAAUUGCUUUUGUGACUUGUCAAAUAAAAUUUUCAAGUCGCUUCAAGAAGAUGCAGAAAAUCCGUUGAAGGAUAACUUUUGUGAUUUGUUUAUAAAUGUUAUUGUUAUUACAUUACAAAGAAUCAACCCCGAACUUGAUAGUCUAACUGAGAUAGACGAUUUGAAUGAGUAUUCCAAAUAUAGGGAGAUAUUGCUGGAAAAGAACAUCAUUGAUCUUUUCAAUGAAAGGCAAUUAAACAUUUUCAUCAGUGCCGUCUGGAACUGCUCAUUUCUGUAUGAAUUUGAUGAGUUAGAAAAUGCUUUGAUGCAAGAUUGUAGUACAUUUUCUGAAUUAUCACAAAAACUAUCUUCAUUCGAUUUUUCAUGCUUAUUCGGAUCCACUACAAAUCCUCGCUUUCAGACGAAAUAUAAAUGCUCUUUAGAGAGCUUACAAGAUUUGGUAAAUUUCAUGUUGAACUCAAACGAGAAAUUAAGGAAGUUAACUGCUCCCUACCUUUCUGCAAGAAUCGCCUUGGCUCUUAGAAGAUAUAUAUCAGAUGAAUACUUGAUUGGACGAGCACCGAUACCAAAAUUGCGCAAAACAGAACUAGCUACUUUAUUAAAUGGGCUAUGUCUAAUCUUAAGAGUUGUUUUAGAUCAAAAUUCGGCCCUUGGCAACAAACAAAUUGGAGUUGAAAAUUUACAAACAUUAAGUCCGUUGAUUUUGAGAACAAUUCCAGUAUCUCAUAAAAUGGACGGCCUGCAAGACAAGGUUUUAGAAUUAUCACUUGGCUUCACGAAGCUAGACUAG